AUGGUGGGCUAUGGCCCUGAUGUAAGUGGGAUCAAUGGCAAUUUGGACUUUCGGGUCGCCCAUGGAGAGACCUGGGCAUCUGCAGCUGGUCAGAAGCGAGUUCAACCAGUCUUCAUCUUGGUGAAAGACGCGGGCAGUGGCGAAGCAGAUGGCGUUUACAAGCCCGCUAGCCGAAGAUGGCUAGAUCAUGAUGUUUACGAGAACCGCUUUGGAGACUGCAUCAUCUCGCGGGAGGCUCACACAAAUCCAAAGAAUGGUCAGGUGAAGUAUGGCUUUGUUCUUGGACGGGGUGGCCGGCCCUUGUAUGGUGUGAAAACUGAGAAGCUUGAGGUGCCGACAGCAGGCUGGAAAUCCUUUGAAGGACAAGAGCCAACUCCCGAAAUCCAGAAAUUUUCUUCGUGGUCGGACUGUUGCCAGCACGGGGCCUGGUACUUCCUGCAAGAGGCAGAAAAUGCGGCAGGUGGCGGACACUGGAAAGUGGUCCUUGUGAUGGCCGACCGGGCCUUCGACUGCCACACUCAGGCCCGACCCAAGGGUCGGGGUGACAUUCGUGAAGGUGGUUCUGAGUGGUCACAGCAGCUUUGUGAGCUUCUUAGCACUCGAGCACAAGCAUUGCUUCACCUUGGGCAUUUCAAGCGUGCUUUGAUAGAUUGUUGUGCUGCAGUUCAUUUCGUGCCAGCCUUCGAGUUUAGCAAGGCGCGAACUCGAGGAGUGACGGCCUGUUUGAAUCUUGGCACAUCGGAACCUCAGGCGAAGCUUCUCAUGGAUGAGAUGUGCAGGCGCAGUGAUCGGGAGUUUCCUGGCAUCCAUGCACUCGAGCCCAUCGUGGACCAACUGCUGGAGCGUGCGAAAUCUGAGAAGCUCGAGCCGGUGACCCUGGUCGAAGAGGAGGAGGACGACGAGCGUGUUUUCUACCGGGUUGUUGAUCCAGAAGAUUGCAAGUUGUUCUCGUCCACGGCCUACAACAGCAAGAUCAUUGGAUCCCGAGAAUAUGGCGAUAUUCUUCGAGGGCAGAGCCUCCACAAGGCUGGAACCUGGCUCGAAUUGCACGUCUCAGAGGCUUUCGAUGAUUCAUUUGGACAUCGCCGUGCGUACGUUCCCCUGUUCACAGAUGAUCCAGAGGAUGAGCGGGAGGAGGUCUUGGAGAAAGUGCCAGUGAAAGAGUUUCCUAGACAUGGUCGCUGGGAAUUGCUUGGUCUGAGGCUAAAGCCCGUCGGCUUGAAACCACCUCCAGAUGCUGAAGUUCCUUUGGAUUAUUGCAGGUGGGUAGAUGCAGAUCCUCCUGAGAAUUUGAAGGUGUGGCCUUACAUCUACAAGCAUGGCCUUGCCAUUGCUUGUAUGUUGCGAGGAGUUUCGGAAGAAGUGCUUGACAGCUUUGUACGUUACCACUGGGUCACUGGCUGGAAUCACGUCUUCCUGUUUUUUGAUGACCCUGAUGACCCGAGCAUCCGUCAUGCCAAGUCUUUGGAAGACUAUGCACAUAGCAAAAAGAUGGCCGGCGCUGGCCUCACGGUUCACAGGAUGGAUGCGAGCUGGUGGGAUAAAGCAAAGCUCCAAAGCCGCUUCUAUCAAAGACAAGAGAAGAAUGACUUCUACGAAGGUGUUUGCAAGAAGCAGCAGGCAGAUCGCUCUGCAAGAAAACUGAUCGUCGCAGAUCAAGCUAUUUUGGAAGCCCAUGACAUGGGAAUUGAUUGGUUCGCCUUUUUGGAUAUCGAUGAGUGCAUCUAUGUCCCCCGAAUGCAAGAGUGCAGCGCAAGGAGGUUCUUUGGUUCAAAGGAGCGCUCCAUUGAAGCUGUCCGGCUUUGGAAUCACGAGGCUGUUCCGGAAGAUACGGAAUGCAGAGACUGGUUCCGAGAAUGUACUCUUUUUCAGAUUAAUCGUCACCACUGCCACGGUUUCCGCCCUCCUCGAGAAUAUGAUUCCAUCCUACGGCAGAGAGAAGGUCGUGAGUUUGAACCAGAACAACCAGAUGCAGACAACGCCUGGUGGGACCGUAUUUUUGGCAAGGUCUACCUGCGACGCCAAGAGGCGGCAAAGCGUUUGAAGCUGAAUUUGCCAGGUUCUAGACCUGAUCGCCCUUGCUUGGAUGAUCUCCCAUCCAACGCUGGCAUGCUUGAAGCAUUUUGUGGUUUCUCUUCAUACGAAGGGGGCAAGAUGAUCGUGCGGUUGAAUCGACAUUUGCCACCGCCAAUUCCGUCAAAUAAGCACUGCUGGUUGGCUGACAAUGGAUCCAUGCUGCAGGAAAUAUAUCAAGCAAACAAGAGUGACGAUGCGGUCAUCCUUCACUACCCAAAUGCUGGGAUGCAAAACUGGAGACAAAAGUAUGAGACCAAAUCUGGUGUCUCGGGCAUGUCGGGAACCGGUGUUCCAGGUGUUGAAUCUUUAACCUGGCCAUCAUCGAGGCUACCCCUUGCAUCCAGUACGGUGCUCUCGGGUGGCUCUCGGAGAGAUCAGGAUCUCUUCUACCGCACCUUCAUCCUGCAGAAUGAACACAACGAGUUGGCAUACUUGGCAGAGCAUGGUCUCGUCACUCGGGUGGAGAUUGUCAGAAACAUUCUGUACUACUACGACAAUCCGCAGGUCAAACGUUUGCGACGGCUCAAGCUCGGAGCAUGCCGCUUUUCGCAGCAGUUGCCACCCGGGUUUCUGAGACUGAGAUCGACAUUGAACAGGAGCAAGGCCUUGCCAACCUGGCUUGGUGCUUUGGAAAAGUUCAACUUCGUUCCGAGGCUCCGCUGUGAAGUGAUCGGGGUGUUUCUGGACGCCAUCAUUGCGAAGCUGGAAGUUCUUCAGUUUACUGUGCAAGGUGUGGCCAAUGCAGCUCAAGCACUUGCGGAGCUUCAGUGUCAAAGCACGAUCAUGAGGAACCUGCUGCAGUCCGCCGUCGAGAGGCUCAAGCUGAUCGAUGUGGCCAAAGAGGUGGAGACCGAUGAUUUGCCAUCAGUUAAGGCAGUCCUCAGCCUGGCGCAUGCCUUGGCAUUUUGGGAUCUGUUGACUUCUGAGGCCUACCAGCAGCUGGAGACAACAUUGCGAUCAUUGGCCUCCAGGUGUUUGAAGGCGAGGCUCGAAUAUGAGCUUGUCAGGAUGGAUUCCGAUAAGCCUGCAGUGGCUUCAUUUGCUACUGACAUUGAGGCCCAGAGAUGGUUGAUUCAGCCUCACACGAAUCCAGAUGUUUGUUUUUUCAUGCGGCUUGAAGCUUGA